AACGGAACUAAAAAUGAUAAAAUUGCUUAUUUUAACGGUGGUUAUUCCGUGCCUGUUUCAGGUAGCUAACGGAUUGUCUUUUGCCAAACCCAUGAAGGAAAUACUACCUCAAACAUUACCACCACCAACAACAAUGGGGCCACCCCCAGACAUGAUUCACCCAGAUGAUGUUGUGACCGACUCUAGCAAUCUUCCCUGUACCGAUUCCAGCCAGUGUCCUGCUGGAUACAGUUGUAGGGACAGUAACGGCAAUAUCAAAUACAAUCAAGAAACUGCGUGGGGACCCAUUGAACCGUUUGGUCCACCAGGAAACUGUGGGUGCGCUGCAAAACCAGGGGAAGUUUGUGUGGGUAAUAAUGAUUGCCCUAAAGGAUAUGAAUGUUAUAGACAAAUGUCCGGAGCAUGUUGUCCGCCAAGCCACUGUGUUACGACAGAAUACGCCGAGUAUUGGAGAACUUAUUGGAGCAAUUGCUUCCCUCCACAUUGUUAUUUGCCUGCAAAAUAAAUUAUAAUUUAUUUCUGACAAUUAUAAAUAAAUAUUUAUGAUUAACACACAAA